CAUCUGCGGGCGUGCCGCAGGGUUCCGCUGCGCCGAGGACGCCUGACGGUGGGCCCCCCUGAGUCCCCGCGGCCGCGGGCGGUAGCGCGCCCCGCUUCCCCGCACCGCAGGGCCCCGCACCCGCGAGCAGGGUGGGGCCGCGGCGCUCGGCCCGGCGGCUGCGGGAUCUCGUCUCGCUCUUCCGCUUGCAGGUGCGCCGGGGGAAGGCGGGACGCGCAGGAGGGGGGCGCCCGCCAUGCCCGGCCCGCAGCUCCCCGUCGCGGCCUCCAGCCCGCCGCCCCCGCGAAACGGCCCGCCGCAGCCCCUCUGAGGAGGAAGAAGAGGCGGCGGCGCACGAGGCGCCGCCUCCUUGGCGAGCUUCGCAACCUGGCGGCCUCCGCGGGACCUAUGGCGGAUUCGUCGCCCGCGCUGUCCCUGCGGGAAGGCGGCCCCCGGGCGCCCCGGGCCUCGGCCCCCUCGCCGCCGCCGCACUCGCGCUCGCGCUCGGGCUCCGAGUCCGAGGAGGCCGAGCUGUCGCUGAGUCUGGCCCGCACCAAGACCCGCUCGUACGGCAGCACGGCCAGCGUGCGGGCGCCGCUGGGCGCCGGCGUCAUCGAGCGCCUUGUGGAGCACCGGGUCCGCGCCGGCGAUACGCUGCAGGGCAUCGCGCUCAAGUACGGAGUCUCGAUGGAACAGAUUAAAAGGGCAAAUAAACUGUUUACCAAUGAUUGUAUAUUUCUGAAGAAAACUUUGAACAUCCCAGUUAUAUCAGAGAAGCCUUUGUUGUUUAAUGGACUUAACUCAAUAGAUUCUCCAGAAAGUGAAACUGUUGGUAGCAGUUUUUCUCAUGAAGAAGAGCCCGUGGCAGCUGGGGAAGACCUUUCUCCUCCCAGUCCUCAAGAAUCUGAUGUUCAGCCUAUACAGCCUGAAGAAGUGUCAGCUAGAGAUUUCCUGCAGAGACUAGACUUGCAGAUUAAGUUGUCAACACAGGCAGCCAAGAAACUAAAAGAAGAGAGCAGAGAUGAAGAAAGCCCCUAUGCAGCUUCCCUCUAUCACAGUUAGAUAAUUGGGGUGAUCAUCUAACCUGGAUUAAGAGAGAGCUGGAUCAUAAGGAAACCAAGAACCGAAGAUUUGAAAGCGUGCAUCGUUAAAUCGCAAUUUAGUAGGUCCACCUCCUGCAGUUGCACUGACGUGAUUAUUUCCCUCUGGCUUUCUAUAAUUCUAAGUCCCUAUUACGGCAUGAGAGCAAAAUUGUAUCCUAAAGCUCAUCACUUUUGUAGGUGAUGGUAGUUUUUAGACUAGUUUUGUAAAUACUAGUUAACAUAAAACAUCAAAGACAAUAUACAUCUUCAAGCUGAAAACAAUGUUGAUCUUCUGAGAAAUCCUAAUUAUGUGACAUACAUGGUUGCUGUUGAAGUGAUGCUGAUUUUGCUAUGUGUUUAUAACUUAAGUGCUAUAUAUUUCGAUAUGCAUUACAUAUUCUGUAUUAAUAUAAAGAACCAAAUUUUGUCUGCUAUUUUGUAAAAAUAAACUACAAAAGCCUGAAUGAGAAAAUAAACUAUGCUUUCAUA